GAGUGAUGAGGGUUAACAUUUACCUGCAGUCAUCUCGAGCUGCCUGGGACGUCGCCACGCUCGCUGGACCUCGCACCUGUCUCUACAUGAUCGGGAUUAAUUAGGGGGUCGCAAAGACACGAGCUGCAAGGCCUCUACAGAAAAAUCACACCGGUGCAAACAUGAGAGACCGACUGGGACACCUGCAGGAGGCCCAGACUGAUCCUGAAGGUUUCAGCACCGUGGACCUGAACGGCCGCUCAGAACACGAAGACUCCAACCCGGAUCUGGAUGGGAUCCUGCAGCAGGCCCAGCGGAUCCGUCUGGAGAUCCAGCAGAUCCAGAACGACAUUGGCGAGCUAAAGGAAGUGAACUUCCAGACGUUAAACAAGACUUCAUUUCCCGAUGUCACGAAGCGAGACUCCAACGCAAUCGGGAUGGACAUCAAGCACAGAGGGGAAGCCGUGUUGCAGCAGCUGCACGGGAUGAACGACCUCCGGGGUCAGCUGGAGGACCAGCGGGGCUCCUCUGACCCCGCGGCCCGCGUCGCUCGAACCCAGUACCGCUACCUGAGCGCCGCGCUGCGGGAGGUCAUGUUCAGCUACAACGAGGCCGAGAUGAGCCACAGCGAGGCCUGCAAGCGCCACAUCCAGCGGCAGAUGGAGGUGGCGGGGAGGGAGGUCAGCGAGACGGAGCUCGAAGAGAUGAUGGAGGGAGAGGAGCCGCAGGUGUUCAGCAUCCAGGUGGGGGGCCAGACCGCCCGCUCGGCCCUGGUGAGCAUCGAGAGCAGACAGCGGGAGCUGCAGGAGCUGGAGAAGAGGAUCCAGGGGAUUCAGGAGCUCUUCUUGGACGUGGCCAUGCUGGUGGAGGAGCAGGGGGCCGGGGUGGAGAUCAUCGAGAGGAACGUCCAGAACGCCGAGGUGACCGUCCAGGAGGGCACGUUCCAGCUGGACAGAGCCCUCGCAUCGGAUAAAAACAACCCCUUCAAGAAGAUGUUUUGUGGCUGUUUUCCGUGUUACAAAAAAUUGCCUUGAUUUGUGAUGAGGAAAUAACGGAUCUGGUUAUGACGGUGCUUAUUUUACACACGGAAAAGAUAAGCAGCAUAUCCAAAGCAUAUCCAAAAACCUGCAAGACAGGAAGUAUAAGAACAGACUGCUGCGUCAGACACCAAGAAACUACACUGAAAAUCUAUUCAGACAAUGCAAAACGUCUCUUAUAAAUAAUAAGAGACGUUUUACCAACUUCUUCAAAAUUCAUGGUUUUAAAACUAUUUUGGAGAGCCUGGAUGCUAUUGUCUAGGCUUUGUAAGCUUCUCAUAUUUAAAGUGAAUCAAAUUGUGUGCUACAAUAUUCAUCUAUUUAAACAAAUAUAUGAAGCAAGAGAAUGUGCAGUUACUCAGAAACCAGAUGGUUGUCGAGUCAAAGAGAUGAAGAUGUUUUGCUGUAAAAUUUGCAUGUAAACCUCUGGAAGAAAAAAAAAAGCUAAAGACCUUAGCCUGUUUCAAUCAGGCUUCAAACAGGCUAAAGUUUGAAGCCUGUUUGAAGCUGAUAAUAGUAUUCAAAUCAACUCAACUACAUUUAAAAAAUACUUAGUUUGUCCCAAAUGAAAAUUAAAUGUUGUAACUCAAAUCAUCCAAGUAUCGUUAAAUAGUAGUGACCACUGUUACAUUUGCAAACCUGCCUCAAUUAGCACAGCUCGGUAGGAAUGGGACAAAAUCAAAAAGGCAAAUCUAAUAAUACCGAAGCCUCUGAAGGUAAAGACAUUUUUAUGACUGAAAGACAAAGAAGGACUUUCUGUAAAUUCUCAGAAUCUGUGGAGGAAAUAUUUCUACUUGUUUUUAUGUGGAACACUUUGUUCUAAUUGAGCUAACAUUAAUUUUGUGCUGCUUUAAAUUUCCAUGGCUUCGACACUAAUAUUUUUAUGCAAAGAUAUGAAGUAUGUUGCAAUGAAAAACACUCUGUGACUA